GGGGGCUGACAGACUGCCUGUCCUGGUGAGGGGGCGGCCUGGACCGCGCUGCGCCUCCUGCCCACCCGGGCGCCCCCCGGACCGCGGCUGGAGGGACAAGGGGGUGGGGGCCCCCAAACUGCGCGGCAGCCAUUUGGGGUACCAGUCUCCAUUUGGGGGCCUGGACUUCUGCGAGGACGCCCCAUUCAUAAAAUUCCGAACUGGACCCCCACCACUGAGGAACUCUGGGGACCACUCCCCCAGGGAAACAGAUGUAUGGAGAGCAUAGGACAUUCAGAAAUCCCGGCGUCCCAUCCCAGCUAGGCCCUGGGGGACCCCUGCCCUCUUUCUCUGCUUCACCUGUUGUUGGGGGAGGCGGGCGGACAAAGGAAGCAGCAUCACGUGACUGCUCAUUCACAAAAUCCCAUCCCAUUGAGAAAAGGGGGCUGGGGGCGCUGCGACCGCCCCUUCCCCUCCCAAAGGGCCGGGGAAAACCGACAGCCUGCAGGUGGGGGAAGGGGCUAGAGCUCGUUGCCUGGGUCCCUAAGGUUGAGACGCCAGGGUCCCUGCGCUAUGUGGUAGUGAGGGGCUGGACGCUGGUCCCGAUUACUGGGCGGAGGGCUACGUCCCCUGAGCUGGGGGGCGGGGUAAGAAGGUUCUGAAGGAUGCUGGGGCGGGGAGGGGGAGGAGGAGGGAUCAAUUCUCCACCUCCCCUCAAUCUCUCCCCCUUGCUUUCCUUCGGCUGGGACCUGAGGGAGCAGGCUUGAUUUUUGUGAAUGAAACGCACUCUGGUUGUGUCUUGGUCGCCCGUUCCUGGCUUCUUCUGCCUCCAUCUCCCUUUCGGCCUCUCUCUGGUCAUUUCUGGUUCUCUCGCUUCUCCCUGCCCAUCUCCCGUUGCUGGGUGACUCAGUGAGCUUUGCAUCCGGUCUCAUUCAUAAAUCCGGGAAGGGGUGGGGGGGAAGAGAGCCUGGGUUUCUCGCCCAGCCAGUGGCCUGGGCGGCAGAGUGUGGAGACAGUGUAGGGGGGAUCUGGAGCUGAGUUGAUGGGCUCUAAGAAAAUACAUAUGCGCAGGCACCCAGCUGUGAGGGGGAACCAUGGGUGGGGCUGUGGGAAUGUGCUGAGGGAUGAGAAGGAGACUGGGUUGAUAGGGGAAGAGCUGGAGGGGGAAGGGAAGUGGAAAACUGAGGCUGUGGGGGUCAGGAUUGGAACGAUGGGGAAACAGACGAAGGUGGGAAUGGAGAGGACAGGUAGAUGUGGAGAAGAUGAGCGUAGGAGAAAAGAGAUGGCAUGAGGAAGAAAGAAGCCAUGCUGGAAGAAGGUGGGCAUGGGGAGGAGAAGGCAGGCAUGUCAGAGAAAGUGAGAAUCAUUGCCUGCGAGUGCAGUGGAUCCAGACGUGAGGGAUGAAGACAGGGGAUGAGGGUUGGGGGAACGCUGAAUGGGAGAACAGCACUGCAGCCCACUCACUGUGUUGUACCCAUUUCCCCACCCCCUCCAGGUACAUGGUUCAGGUCCGAGCCGUGGUGAUGGCCCGAGAUGACUCCAGUGGGGGCUGGCUGCCUGUGGGGGGCGGGGGCCUCAGCCAGACCACCUUGGAGUGUACCCUGAGGCCAGGCUUGGUUUACAACAAAGUGAACCCCAUCUUCCAUCACUGGAGUCUGGGUGACUGCAAGUUUGGACUGACGUUCCAGAGUCCCGCGGAGGCUGAUGAGUUCCAGAAGAGCCUGCUGGCCGCACUGGCUGCACUGGGUCGAGGACACCGCAGAGACCCCCUGCCCUCUGACGAGAAGGAAACUGAGGCUCAAAGAGAUGAGCUCACUUGCCGGAGGUCACACAACCAGUCAGUGGCAGAGCUGGGGCUUGCACGGAGGCCUGUCUGGCCGCAGAGCUCUCGCUUGCCAUGGGAGGGGGUCUAUGUGAGGGCAUCAGCUGUGCCGGGGUCCGGCUCUGAGGCCGCCACUCUCCCCCAGUCCCAUGUGGACAGUGAGUCCUCCUCCAGUCACAGCCGUCAGGAGACGCCUCCCACCGCCGCGGCGGCCACUAUCAUCACGGUGGAGUCAGCUUCUGGCUUCGGGCCAGCUACAUCCCCCCAGCGCCGCCGCUCCUCUGCUCAGAGCUACCCUCCGCUCCUACCGUUCACGGGGAUUCCGGAGCCCUCAGAGCCCCUGACUGGGGCAGGGGGCCCGGGAUGGGGUGGCCGUGGCUAUGAGGAUUACCGGCGCGCCGGGCCGCCCGCGCCCCUCACCCUGUCCACCUGCGUCGUGCGCUUCGCCAAGACCGGCGCGUUGAGGGGCACAGCCCUGGGGCCCCCUGCCACACUACCCGCCCCUCUCGCCGAGGCUGCGCCUCCAGCGCCCCCCGCUCGCCCACCCCCGGGCCCCGGCCCUGCCCCUGCGCCUGCCAAGGCUUCCCCCGAGGCGGAGGAGGCGGCGCGCUGCGUGCACUGCCGGGCGCUCUUCCGCCGCCGCGCGGAUGGGCGCGGCGGUCGCUGCGCGGAAGCCCCGGACCCAGGUCGCCUGCUGGUGCGCCGGCUCAGUUGCCUGUGGUGCGCUGAGAGCUUGCUCUACCACUGCCUGUCGGACGCGGAGGGUGACUUCUCGGACCCGUGCGCCUGCGAGCCAGGCCACCCGCGUCCCGCGGCGCGCUGGGCCGCGCUGGCCGCGCUCUCCCUGGCUGUGCCCUGCCUCUGCUGCUAUGCGCCCCUGCGCGCCUGCCACUGGGUCGCGGCGCGAUGCGGCUGCGCAGGCUGCGGGGGUCGCCACGAGGAGGCGGCGCGGUGAGAACGGCCUGGUGGGUCUGGUAGUUGCACCAAGGACCCCAAACUGAGGGUCCAGGACCCUGGACUCCGUUCGGACCCCCAAACCCAAACCUAGGCACACCCGGAACUUGGAGCUUGAGUUUGGAUUGAGAGACCCCAGACCUGGAACCUGGACCCCAAACUUAGGACUGAGAGACCCCAGACCCAGCUUCACUGGGAUGUCUGUCCAAGAGGUCCCAGGCACCCUGAGUUCUGGCACCCCCAUCCUGCCACCAACCCCCUUCCUGACUUAGACUGGGGAGACUCCAGGCAUCCCCAAACCCUUCACCUCAGGCAGGCUGGGGAGCACAUGUAUCCCCAAGAGAUGCAGGGCCCUGAACCCUGACCCCAUGAUGCCUGACACAUGAGCCCUCAGAUUACAGUGAGUCAGGACCUGUCGAUAACCUGACCCUGCCUGCAUACAAUUAACUCCCGGAUCUUGAGACCAUAGAACCCAGAUGCACCCCAAAUGGUCCCUGAAUGCUCACCUAAAACUUGGGGCACCCAUAUCUGAGAUAGUCUUGUAGCCCCCUAGCAUCCUAGAGGCACCAAAACCCCUCUCAAGAUGCCCUGAGUCCAUAGGUGUGCCCAGACACAUGUUCUCUGCCCAAAAUGACUUGCAAGACUCAUCUCUGAGCCUCCCCGUGUUUUCCCCACCAAGAUCUAGAUGUCAGAUCCAGGAUGCUCUGGGAACCAAGGAUCAAAGACGUCUGUAGACCCACUCAUCCCAAGCCAGUGUUCCCAGAGCUUUGGAUCUCAUACAUAGGACUCUGAGGUGCCUAAUGCUCCCAGAUGUAGUACUGAAGGUCCCCAACCCCUUAGGGCCCAAGGCACUGGUCUCAAGGCCUCAGAUAACCCUCUUUCAAAACCUCUUAGAUUUGGAUUUCAAGCCCCAGAAUGGCCUGGAAUCUUUGGCUGCUUUGUACCCACAGAUCCCCAAUCCCCUCAAGGCUGGAAGCUCAUCUCCCAGAUGAUGGGAUGUUCAUGGCCACACAGGCCUCUCACCCCUUGGCCCCCAGCUCCUGAAUGACCCCAAGGUGCUUUGGGAGCACUGGUCCCAAGACUCCAAGGUGCCAUUGGUCCCCCAAAUUCAGGGCUUAAGCCUCCACAACAUUGAGAUUGUCCCUAACUCAAGACCUUGGCCCAUCCACACGAGACAACUGAGGUGCUUCAGGACCGUAGCACCUUCAGAUCCCAGAUUUCUGUGGACUCAGACCUCUUCAGCCUGAUAUUCCCUGAUACCUGCUGCCCUUGAAUCCUGCUGACCAUAAGCCCCUGAAACCCCAAGGUCCCAGACCUCCAAAUUUGAACUUUAAGGGCCCCAUCCCAAGCCUCCAGCAUCUCACAGAACUACUCCUUUACUAUGGUAAAACAAAAACAAAAACAAAACAAAACCCCAUCAUCUUGAGCUCAUGUUUCUGGGUUCCAGGAGUAUCCCAGAACUCCACAUCCAUCUCUAGGACCCAGCAUUGUCAUAGAUGAUGGUGCAAACUGUUUGCUAAGCAAAGACACACAGUCAAGAUGGGGGUGGCUGGAAUUCACACCACACUCUGCUGGCUGCACUGUGCACAGAGUGGACACACACAUAAACACACACACACUCAGUCACUCCCUUUGCACUCUUCCCCAAGCCCAAACUUAAGCCCCAGCCCUAGUCCAAGCUUUUUAUGUUCUGCCCUGUUAACCCCUUCCCUUCCAUCUCAGAGUUGGGGGUAGCUUUGUGAAGCUUGAAAGCCAGUUUCAUGGCCCUCUGUGAUACCACAGUCUCUUUUCCCUGAGUGGAAUGGGACUUUCAGGGUACCUCAGAUAUGAUGGCCUGAAGCAGAGGAUCAAGGUCUUGGAGCAAGACAAUUUCAAUGCUGUAUGGGCUUGGGACCUGCACGUGGUCCCAAGAAUCUGGAAAUGUGCAUUUACCUUUCUUCAUUACCCAGACUUGGAUGGCCUUGUAGGGGUUUCAAGGGAUAGGUCAAGGGGGUCAGAGGGUUAGAUCCUUCUGUCACUUCCUUUAAAUUAUUAACUAUUUAUUACAUCCGGAACCUGUGAGAUUCCGCUCUCCCAACCAGACCCUGGGAUGGGUGAGAGAAAAGGGGGAUGUCCCUCCCAUCCCCACUCUGCCCAGCUCUCGUCACUGUCAGACCCACCAGAGCUGAGGGCAGAGGGACCGGGGGCUGGGGCGGCCUGGGUCCCCAUCCCCUUCUCUGUGCCUCGGUCUCCUCCCUUCCGUGGUGGGCGGGGGGAAGCUCCAUUCUUAACCUACCUCGUUUUGGGGAGGGGUGGGACGGGGACCAGAGUGCUGUAAGGUGCUGUGGGAUCUGCGGAUGAAGUGGUGGGAGCUGGGGGAAAGUUCCCCCAGCUCCCACCUCCCAGCACCGCCUCUCCCAGGUCUCCCAGUCCUGCUCCCUGCUGAUACCCACCUCUGAUCCAUGAUUACUCUUCAUCACCCCCAAAUCAGGGGUGCAUGGAGGGCUGACCCUGGGAGCCAGGAAGACCUCAGACCCUGGAGCCCCCAGGCCCAAUUUCCCAGCUGCUUGCCCCUCAGAUUGGAUGCUUGGCCCCCAGAUUUGGGGGAGGCACCCCGACACUUAUCUUCCUGAUCUUGAUUCCAAGCCAGUCUGUGACCUCAAUAUUGUUACCAUCAGUGCAGGCUGCCGUGGCGGGGGAGGACGGGAGCCAAAGACCCAGCCUUGUCAUUGGGGAGGGGGCAUGAGAUAUUCGCUCCAAGAAAUGUCUGUGACAAAGUCUCAGCCUGUGUCCUUUAUUUGCAUUGAUGCACCGCAUCCACUCACCUUCCUGAACCACCGAACCAGUCGCCUACCAGAUUUGUCCUUUCUCCUUCACAUCCUUUAGUCCCAAGCAGACUCUCUGGCUGAGUUUUAUACAUUUAGUCACUCAA